UUUUUAGAACCAAAUAUAUAUAUUAAGCUUGUAUAACUUUUCAUGAGCAUUCAUGAUAUGAUAGGUGUGAUGCCAUGAGUUACCUUACUGCUUGAAUGCCACCCUAGUAAUACAGCCGUUUCUAAAUAUAGCAACUAAAAAAGAAUGAGUAAUUAAGAAUGUUUUGUAUUGCAACUAAUGCGCAUCAAUAUAAUGCGAGAUAAUAUAAUGCGAUAGUUUCGCUAAAGCUUGGCGCUUGUUUUGACACAAAUAUUGUACGAACAAAUAAUUAUAAAAUUUCAAAGUUUAUACAUUAUUAUUUCAUAAAAAGUAAAUGAAAUCUUACCAUUUUUUAUUUUUAACUUUAUUUCUACUAAAUAAGAUUGUCUUUGCCAAUCAUUACCGCGGUGUAGUAUCAAGCAGUGAGUGGCUCGAUAACGAUCUAUUUUACUUUAAGGCACAAUUCUACUAUCGACUUAAAGAUAAUGGUGCUGGCUCUUUUGUAAAAUGUGAUGACCAAUUGAUCAGUAGUAAAACAAUAAAGAAAGACGAAAGUACCUUUUCAUUAGCAGUCUACAAGUGCAAUCAAUUUGAAGUAUGUGGUAAUGCACUAUUUUUUCUUGAAAAUAGUUUCAUUUGCAAUAGUUAUAGCAUACAUGAAGACUGGUCAAUAGUUGAUAAAUUAGAAAAAGUCAAUAUUAAAAGUAAUGAUUUCCAAGAGGGAGAUUCUAUAGUUGCAAAGUUAUUUACGGCGUAUGGCGAAUGGUCAGAUUUGCCUGUUAGAUAUGCCUGGACUCAUUUUAGUCGUAAAGUAAAAAACAAAAACAAUAAUUGGAAUCAUCCACCUUCUACUAAGACCUUUCCAAAAUAUAAUUUAAUCAAAGGCUGCGAGACAAAGUUACAAAUUCCAGUUGAUGACAUUGACGAUGAUACUGUUAGAUGUAGACCAUCGUUGAAAAGUGCUGGCGAAUGUGUGAACUGUAAUUUUAAACCUGCUUAUUUGGAUCAAGAAACUUGCACUAUUGUAUUUCCUGCUAAUGUGACAGAACCUUUGAUAAUUGAGAUUCAAAUUGAGGAUUUUAGUAACAAAGGUGACGUAAAACCAAUGAGUAGUGUCCCAUUACAAUUCAUGGUAACUCUUACAUUAGCUCAUCAAAAUUGCAAUGAUUACCUUAUAUUCACGUCUGUAGUGCCACCUGACAACUCUUGCAAUGCAAUUGCCGAAAAAACACAAUAUAAUAAUCGUUUUGAAUUUAAUUCAACAUCAAAUGUUACUGACGUAUUUUUAAAUGCAUUUGAUGGUUUUAUAAAAGGAAGCUUAAAUUACAGCUUGGAUUAUAAUUUAUGGUUUUUUAACUAUAGCGUAAUUGCACGCAGUUCAAAUGUUACACAGGAGUCAAUUACUGUUUACGCCAAAAACGCUGAAGGUUAUUCAUCAGAAAUUCGCAAACUGCAAUAUGUGCUAAACUACAUACCACCAAGCAUUAUAGACGUGUAUCCACUUGGUGACAUAUGCCAGAAAACGGCGGACAAUUACAACUGGACAUUUACAACUAAUCGUAACGUUUCAUCUCCUGAAAAAACAAGUUAUAUUAAAUUCAUGAAAAUAGAAAAUGAGAAUUCAUUAAAACUUGCUUAUCAGUUUAAUAUGCUGACACUUAAUAAAAACAACUUUGACAGUUUUAUUCUUUCCGUACCUAUUUCUCAACUUGAAUUAAAUAAAAAUUAUAGUAUUUUAAUUGAUUUUGGUGCCAUCAUAACUCUAGAUUAUUGCAAACCACAAUCAAGGGCUGUUAAUGAUUUAAAAAAGUACCAGUUUAAGAUUAUUGGUGAGUUAUCUAAAGAGGUUACGUUUUUGAAGCUCCCUCCUAGAUACACAAAAGGUUUCUUACUAAAACUAGAGUGGAAAUUUCUAACUUAUGGAAAAAAAAGUGAUUGUUUAAUCAUGUAUAAAAAUGCACCGUUUUAUGAUGUCUUAUGUAAUGAAACCAGUCUUGAGUUGCAUAAUCAACCAACUGGUCAAUACAACUUUCAGGUUAGAUAUUCAACUAAAUGUUCUGCUUCACUUCUAAGUGCGCAAAUUAGCUGGUUUGUGGUAAAUGAGAAACCUAUUGUGGAAGUUACAACAUUGAACCUCAUAAACGGCUACGCCUCAAAUAGUUUCACAGUAAUUAUAAAAUGCAACCACGUGUUGCCUUGUAAUAUACUUUGCAAAUUUUCAACUAAAGAUAAAAUCAACUUUCAAAAUUUUGAGAAUUGUUUGUCAACAUUUAAGCCUGAUGCUCAAUUAGUUCAUUUAGAAUACUACGUGCUUCAAGUGUAUGCAAAGGACGAGGCUGAAAACGAAGCAAAUAUUGUUAAAGUAGAAUUCAUUGCUGAUACUAAACCACCACAAUUUAAAAACGCAAUAAUCGAGCUGUAGCUUAAU